AUGGCAGACGAUACGCGGAACGAUUUAAACGACAAUGCUCCUAUCACAACCACUUCCAGUACUUCCGAAGCCCCUCCAAAAAAAUACCCAAAAGGCGUUAUAUUAGGAAAAGACGGGAAACCCUGCCGCUCCUGCAACUCCUUCGCCUCCUUCACCAGCACCACCAAGAACCUCUCAACCAACAUCCCCUCCACACCCCCCACAGACUGUCCCCCCUCAAUCGAAACCCUCGGCCGCGCCUCCUGGACAUUCCUACACACACUAUCCGCAUCGUAUCCCGCGAACCCCAGCGCAACCGACCGCACAAAUAUAAGCACGUUUAUGAAUCUCUUCUCGCAACUCUAUCCCUGUUGGACGUGCGCGUCUGAUUUUCAGGAAUACAUGGCUGUGAAUAAGGUGCGCACGGAGAGUCGAGAGGAGUUUGGGAGGUGGAUGUGUGAGGCGCAUAAUGAUGUUAAUAGGAAGUUGGGGAAGAGGGAGUUUGAUUGUGCGAGGUGGGAGGAGAGGUGGAGGACGGGAUGGAGGGAUGGUAGGUGUGGGUAG